CUUCCCAUUCAAUUGCUUUCAGAAUUUAUUCGCAAAUGGAUUCUUCAAAAAUCUCUGACUUAAGACACUUCGUUCAUCUCUGUAAAUCAAACCCUUCUCUUCUCCACCAUCCCUCUCUUGCUUUCUUCAAGUCUUAUCUCGACAGCUUGGGCGCUGAAAUCCCACCGACCACGGAAUCGAAAGAGGAUAAAAGUGGUGUCGACAUGUCAGACCCUGGGGAGCAUUUUGAUGCCAAGAAGUCCAAUUUAACUAGUGAAGAUGAUGAUGAAAUUGUCGAAUCGGAUAUUGAGUUGGAUAAUACAGAUAUUGUUGAGCCUGACAAUGAUCCUCCUCAAAAGAUGGGAGAUCCGUCAGUUGAAGUUACUGAAGAAAUGCGUGACGCUGCAAAUGCAGCGAAACUAAAAGCUAUGGAUUCAAUCUCUGAAGGUAAACCGGAUGAAGCCAUUGAUCAAUUAACAGAAGCAAUAAUGUUGAAUCCUACUUCAGCCAUUUUAUAUGCAGCUCGAGCUGGUGUCUUCAUUAAGUUGAACAAACCAAAUGCUGCAGUCCGUGAUGCUAAUGAAGCUUUACAGAUUAACCCUGAUUCAGCAAAAGGAUAUAAAGUGCGUGGAAUGGCAAGGGCAAUGUUGGGCCAGUGGGAAGAAGCAACAAAUGAUCUGCACGUUGCAUCAAAGUUAGAUUAUGAUGAAGAGAUUGGUUCAGUGCUCAAAAAGGUUGAACCUAAUGUUCGUAAAUUGCAAGAGCAUCGAAGAAAAUAUGAAAAAUUGCGGAAAGAAAAGGAUCUAAAAAAAGCUGAACGUGAGAAGCAAAAACGACAAGCUGAAGCUGAACGGGAAGCUUUGUCUGCGUUAAAGGAGGGGGACGUUAUGGCUAUUCACUCCAUUGGUGAACUAGAAACUAAGAUGAAUGCUGCUACGAGAACAUCUCGUCUGGCAAUCAUGUAUUUUACUGCAACAUGGUGUGGGCCCUGCCGUUUCAUUUCUCCAGUUUACACAAGUUUUGCCUCAAAGUAUCCGAAAGUUGUUUUCUUGAAAGUUGACAUAGACGAGGCUCGGGAUGUGGCUGCAAAAUGGAAUAUAAGCAGUGUUCCAACCUUCUUUUUCAUAAAGAACGGCAAAGAAGUUGACACGUUAGUUGGCACUGAUAAAAGUGCCCUUGAAAAGAAGAUUGCACAGCAUGCAGGCCAGUAGUUAAAGUCCUGAUAGGAGCAACUUCUGUUUGAGAUUUCCCAUGAGAGAAACGUCCGGGAAUUUAACCUGUCUCAACAAAUUAAUUUGCUCAAGAGGUGUCCCCAUCAAAGCUUUAGUUGUUUAUCAAGCACGAGAAUGUUUUUAAAGCAAGAGUAGGUAUUUAUCUAGCUUUUGGUCAGUAUGAACUUUUGGUCUAAUUUGCAUGUAAAACUCCAUAUGAACAAUCGCCAAUUAUUUAUUAGUGCGAUCAAGAGUUACUUUCAAUGUAAAUGAACAAAAAGGCCUUGUUGUUGAUGUUGAUGUUCCUUUUAUUUUCAA